UCAACGUACGUACGGUACUACUAGUAUUACCGCGUUAAGUUUUCCCUCCUCACUUUCCUCUACCUCCGCCCCCCGAAGCCAAAAAGAAAGCGAGGGAAAGUGAAGGAAAAUAGAGAGAGAAAGUGAGGGAAAAUAGAGCGAGACAGUGAGAAAGUGAAGAGAUAGAAAGAGGUCAAGACUAAAGAGCGAGAAAGUGAGGGAAAGAGUGGGAAGAAAGAGAUGAAGCACAUUUUCAAGAAGCUUCACUUAGGGAGCAAUCACGACCCCAACCGAUCGAACGAAAACCCUAAUUCGACCACUGCGACGCCACCGUCGUGCGCCUCCGAUCAAACUGCGGUUUCCGGUCACGUCCAGAGCUCCGGCGCCGGUCCGGCGAGUCCUUUGUCGCCGUCUCCGGCUCCUUCUCCGGCUAGCAACGCCACAGGUGCGACGGCCGAUCCUGCGGACUAUAUGUCGGAGGAGGAGGAGUUCCAGCUUCAGCUGGCCAUGGCGAUCAGCGCGUCGAAAUCGGAGUUCCAAGACGAUCCGGAGAAAGAUCAGAUCCGCGCCGCGACGCUGCUGAGCUUGGGCGGUCAUCGGAUCGACUCGACGAGGGAUAAGGACGAGGUUACGGCGGAGGCGCUAUCGAGACAGUAUUGGGAGUACAAUGUGCUUGACUAUGAGGAUAGAGUGGUGGAUGGUUUUUAUGAUGUAUUCGGGCUCUCCACAGAUUCAGCAAACCAAGGAAAGAUUCCGUGUCUCACCGAUCUUGAAACAAACCUUGGGAGUUCUGGCUUUGAAGUUGUAAUGGUCAAUCGAACAAUGGAUCCUGCUCUAGAAGAGUUACUGCAAAUUGCACACUGUAUUGCUAUAGACUACCCUGUAGCUGAGUUUGAUGUGUUGGCAAAAAGGCUUGCUGAACUAGUUAAUGGACAUAUGGGUGGGCCUGUGAAGAAUGCUGAGAUAAUGUUGGCACGGUGGAUGGAGAGGAGAACAGAGUUGAGGACAUCUCUUCCCACAAGUGUGUUGCCUAUUGGGUCAAUAAAUGUUGGUCUUUCUCGACACCGUGCUUUGCUUUUCAAGGUAUUAGCUGACAAUAUGAGGAUGCCUUGUAGACUAGUAAAAGAUAGUCAUUACACUGGCGUUGAGGAUGGUGCUGUCAACAUAAUAAAGUUGGAGGAUGAAAGGGAGUUUUUGGUUGAUCUAAUGGGAGUUCCUGGAAUACUCAUACCAGUUGAUACUCCAAGUGCAAAGGAAGCUACCUUUAACCCAUAUAAUCCAAAAGUAAACAAAAUCUCAUCUCUCCAUUCCUCUAAUGACAGCGGAGUUGCAUACUUCAGACCAAAGACUUUACUUGGUGAGGGCAGUAGUCAAAAUGCUGAAAUGGAGAGUAGCUCACCCUUGGAUAAAAGGUCAAGUUCUGAAAAGGCAGAGUCCAUGCCCCCAUUCCUGCGUGCAAGUGGUGAUACUGCUGUUGGUUCAUCUGGUACAUCUAAUAGGCCAACUCCUGAUCAGUCAGAUCAAAUUUCCUCAUCAGGCAUUGGCACCUCUAUGUAUAAAGGCAGUCGCAUGGUCCCUGCAGUUGGUGAUGGUGUGAGGAUGAAUCUCAAUGUAGUUCCGUAUAACCAAAAUAGCCCUGAGGACUACAAAAACCUCUUCGCAGAUCUUAAUCCAUUCCAUAUAAAAGGAACUGGCAAAACUUCUGUGCAUAACAAAGCUGCAGAGAAUAAAGUCGAUGAACUUCAGAGACUCAGAAAUAACACUGUUUCUGGUCGACCUCCUGCACCAUUGAUGUGGAAGAAUCGAUAUGCUUGUAAUGAAGUCCCUCAGAAAAAGGAGUAUGAUUAUAUGGAGGGUCUGUUUCCAAGAAUUAAUCGCGAACCUAAUGACUAUAAUCUGUCAUCGUUAGCUUCCACCAGUUCUGCUGCUAAGUCUGGCAAGAUCUAUGGUGAUGGUUUCAAAUCAUCUGGUACUUCAGAUAUGUCCAGUAGAGACACUGAUGGGGGAAAUUCUGUCAGUGUCACCAGUUCCAUGUUGCAAGCUAACAAAAGUCAGUUUAAGAUGUUGCCUUUGGUUGAGGAUCAGAAUGCUAAUCUAAAGGGAGAACGUCCCAGGAAUGGGGAGGAAUUGCAAAGUGACACAAUGGAUGUGGUUAAAGAACAUGAAGAGCAUGAAAUUGGUUUCCAUGAUCUUAGAAAGUGCACACACGAUAGAUUUAUGGAGACCAAUUUGAAAUUGAAGGAUCCAGAAAAUCCUAGCUCGUCUGUUGAUUCCAGCACAAAUAGGGUUGAUCAAAUAUUUGAUGAUGUGGAUGUAGGAGAAUGUGAAAUUCGUUGGGAAGAACUGGUUAUUGGUGAAAGGAUUGGAUUAGGUUCAUAUGGAGAAGUUUAUCAUGCGGAUUUGAAUGGAACGGAGGUUGCUGUGAAGAAGUUCUUAGACCAAGAUUUCUCAGGUGCUGCUUUGGCUGAGUUCAAAAGAGAAGUACGGAUAAUGCUUAGACUGCGGCAUCCAAAUGUUGUUCUUUUCAUGGGUGCUGUUACUCGUCCUCCAAACCUCUCUAUCAUCACUGAGUUUCUUCCAAGGGGAAGCUUAUAUCGGAUUCUUCAUCGUCCUCAGUGUCAAAUUGAUGAGAAGCGCAGAAUAAAAAUGGCUCUUGAUGUGGCAAGAGGCAUGAAUUGCUUGCAUACCAGCACACCCACAAUUGUUCACCGGGAUUUGAAGUCACCAAACCUUUUGGUUGAUAAGAACUGGAAUGUCAAGGUAUGUGAUUUUGGGUUGUCACGCUUGAAGCACAACACUUUCUUGUCAUCCAAAUCAACUGCAGGAACGCCUGAGUGGAUGGCUCCAGAAGUUCUCCGAAAUGAGCCCUCAAAUGAGAAGUGAGUUGUUAUUGUUUUAAGUUAUUUCUAUUUUGUAUAUUCAAGUCAGUUUAUGUUCAGUUGUCUUCUUAUACUACCUAGCUCUACCCUAAUCCAUUAAUCUUUCAUAAUGUCUGGAAGCUCCAAUAGUCCCAUGGUUUACUUGCUUAGGCACAUCUUGUUUGUGCUAGAGGGAAUUUCUCUAUCAGGUGUAUCUGUUUUGGCUUACCAUUUUAAUCUGGGCUGGGUAUGGAUUUUGAUGCCUUGUUGGAGUUGUCUUAGUCCUUAAGAGUCAAGGUGGGAAAGAUACUUGAGAUCAUUUCAGUUCCAUUCUAAAUAAGAUCAGAGUUUCACAGUUAGGUUAACUCAUCAAAUACAUAAGAAGGGUAGGUAGGGGAUAGGAGAUUAUCUGUUGAAUUACCAAAUACUUGUUCUCUUCUGGUCUUGGAAUAUGCCUAAAAUGCCCUGCUAAUAAUAUGGCUGGAUGAA